AUGAAACUUCUAUUAAUUGUCUUUGUAGUGUUUGUUGUUGCUUCACCAUGCCUGAGUGCUAGAAUAACGAGAAAUACAAGUCCUAGCUUCAAUGUUGUUGACUAUGGUGCCAUGGGGAAUGGCCAAACUGAUGAUUCCCAAGCUUUUGUGAAAGCAUGGCAAGAGGCGUGUGGGGCUACUGAAGAUACUACGACACUUCUCAUACCCAAAAGGAAAACAUUCAUGUUGCAGCCCGUGUCGUUCCGGGGUCCUUGCAAUCCUGCAACCAUUAACAUUAAGCUUGAGGGAGCUAUAAUUGCUCCAAAAAGAGUUGAGGCUUGGAAAUGGCCAAAAAAUGAUAGAGACACAUGGAUCCAGUUCUCAGCCAUAAGUGGCCUUGUUAUCAAUGGAGGAGGACAAAUUGAUGGCCAAGGUGCUGCGUGGUGGAAUUGCUAUUCCAACAGUAACUGUGACAGGCCAACCGCUCUACAUUUCCAUGACUGUGAAAAACUAGUCCUUAGCGGAUUGACCCACAUCAACAGCCCGAGAAAUCAUAUAAGCUUAAAUGCGUGCAAUGGCGUAGUCAUUUCCAAACUUCAUAUUACUGCUCCAGCUGAUAGCCCAAACACCGAUGGGAUUGAUAUCUCAAAAUCAUCCAACGUUGUCAUCAAGAAUUCUAAGAUGGAAACUGGUGAUGAUUGCGUUGCCAUUAAUCACGGUUCUACCUUCAUCAGUAUAAUUGAUGUCUUUUGUGGACCUGGCCAUGGCAUAAGUGUUGGAAGCCUAGGACAAAAUGGAGCUUAUCACACAGUGGAAGAGAUUUAUGUGCGAAAUUGCACCUUCAGUGGAACAACAAAUGGAGCCAGAAUCAAGACAUGGAUGGGAGGACGAGGGUAUGCGAGGAGGAUCACUUUUGAGGAUAUUAUACUUAUUGCAGCUAAGAACCCUGUGAUUAUUGACCAGCAAUACAACCCUUAUGAUAGUGUAAAUGCAGUGAGAGUGAGUGAUGUUACUUACCGCAACGUAAGGGGAACCUCAAGUGGUGAGCAUGCAAUCAAACUGCAUUGUGACAAAACCAUAGGCUGCACCAACAUUCUAUUGGAGAGAAUUAACAUAACUUCUCUUUCUGGAGAGGAAACUUGUGCAUCCUGCAAAAAUGCAAAGGGGGUAUGCUCUUCGUGUAUUCCGAAUGUCCCGUGUCUUACUGAUAAUUAUUAA